CUCAACCGAUGUAGUUCAAACAAUUCAACAACUUUACUAGUUACUAGUAAAUUGUUUGUUAUUUUUAUACAACAACCACUGUCCGUACACUAGAGCCGCAGUAGUAUCCAAAUUUUGUAUACAGUUCGCGUUCAGAUAUUUGGCACAAACCACCAGUUCAUCAGAUCGCCGGACAUCCAGUCAGUAUUCACCAGUUCCCCGUCUGUUUCCGUUAUGGAGCAGAUCUUCGCCUUCCCGUCGCAUGGGAUGGGUCUGGGAUUGGUAAGGAUGCCGCAUCAGAGUCCGAUUCCGUGUGUACCGGAGUACUCUCUCAAUCCGAACGCGGUGGAGUUCGUGCCCUCUUAUCGCCAGUUUCCAAGUGCAGAAACCAAAACGGAGGCGACAUCAACUACAACAUUACCGAAACCCGAAAUCGUUGGCGAUGCCGUGAAUCGUGCAGAAAAUGGAUUCUAUUUCCAGCGUCAGAUCUUCGAGUUCCUCAGCCAAUUGGGAGAUGAACAAAUGCCUCUGGACGAGAUCUCGGUGGGUUUGUUACCAGGUGGCCAAGGUCUCAGCAUGACAUUCACCGCAAAGCAGCCGGUCCACCAGCUACAGCCUCCGGAUUCGAUUAGUCCCAUCUUCCACGAGCGCCAGAGCCUCCGACUGGCUGUGGGCGAUCAGGAAAAGCUGGCCAGCAGACCUGAGAGCGUUCUGGUGGCCCAGUUUCUAAUUCGGGUUAACGACCUUCUGAGCGAGAAGUAUGAGAUUAGCGGAGAUGGUUCCGUCUGUCCCAGGUGCACCUUGUGCUCCAAUCGCAGCUACACGGAGGUGGAAAUCGAGCACCAGAUCGAGGGCAUCAAGGCCUUCGAGAACUUCUUCACCUUCACGGAACCGAUGAGCUAUCAAGACUUGGUUACUCACAAGGCCUUCAAGGAGUUGUGCCACAGGCUCGGAUUGAUUGUUAGUCGGGAUCAGAUUCCCAUUAAUCGAUCUGCUAGCAGAGUGAGCACAGUGGUCCCACCACCCACGGCACAGUCUUCUAGUGUCACCGUUUGCAUGUCCAACAAUGGUAGGAAACCAGAUGUGGAGGCAGAUGCUUAUGCAGGAGAUGACGAGUCCCAGUUGAUCAGCUCACCGCCGAGAGAAAGUGUCGGCCCAUCGAUUCCAAUGGAAUAUGUUAGGGGAAAUCUUUACAGGUACGAAGAUUCCGAGGGAUCUCAGUUGGUCAACCAGCUAAAUGAGGCUGAGCAAAGUACUGAGCCCAUGAUGGUAGAAGACUUUCAUUUAGACGUAUCACAAACAAUGCCGGCCAAAUCUGUGAUAACCAACAGUGUGCCGUCCUCCUUUCCCCGGGUCUACAAAUCGGCCAAGGCCAAAUGCUCUGCCCGAGGACCAGGAUCAAGUGGCCUCCAGAACGGACCACAAGCUCACAGAAGUUCGGUUUUCGGCCGUUCCAUGAUGCAGCCGGUACAGGCCACCCCUUCAACCAUUCAGAGAUUUCGUUCCACUGCGAUUGGUGUUCAUAUUCCGGGCGGAUCUACUACCCAACGGAAGGUCCAAAUAGAUCCAUGUCCACACGGUGCACCACGCAAGCAAAAUAGGUUGGCUGCUGCGAAAUCGGGAUGUGUUUAUCAGCAGUCGGGCAAUAUGUCAGCAGUUGCAGCAGGUCGCGUGACCAGGCCAGGAAAAGCCAGUACCUCAGUACAGAAACAGCAGUCAAAUCAUACUUGCAAGGCGGGCAAAAGUGCCGUGACCAAUAGAAUGGGCAUGUCCAAUUCAAAGCAGCCCCACGGCACCUCGCAGCGAAUGAUUCCAAGAAGCACAAAUGCUUCCAUGAUGCGUCAAACGGAGGUUAAGCGGCGAAUGAGCCUGAUGCGCGGCGACAGCGAUUCGGAUCUGCUCUAUAAUGAAUAUCUGUUCAAAUGAUUUGCAGAUGGAUUAUAUGGAUUUGUUGCUUCGCUUUAAAAUAUAAUUGUUUGUCAAAACUCAAUAGACCAGCAAAAAUACUUUGCUUCUUUAUCUCACUCUUUAGACAAAAAUAUAAUCAAAAAAACUU